GGUAGUUGAUUCAGUCAGUCAGUCACACAGUCUUCGGGGCUCUCACGUCGUCUUUGUGAAGUGAAGGGAGCGCAAGAGGAGCACGUAAACACGCGGUUUGGAGAAACAAUACGCAGCCUUGCCAUUGAGCUCCGACCUGAAAAUCAACGCUUGAGAAGAGGUCAGCGAGAGACCGUGCAUAAGGAAUCCAUGAAGGGUGGGGUGGGGGAGGGGGUGACAACCACAGCAACACUGAGGUCACACAGAGUAAAAAAAAACUUUUAAUGGAGUCCCGGUAGAGGCAUCAAGAUGAAUACGUUACCAUCGAUGGACCGGCACAUCCAGCAGACCAAUGACAGGCUGCAGUGCAUCAAACAGCACUUACAGAACCCGGCCAACUUCCACUCAGCUGCCACGGAGCUGCUCGACUGGUGUGGAGAUCCCCGGGCCUUCCAGCGACCUUUCGAGCAAAGUCUCAUGGGAUGUCUGACGGUGGUGAGUCGUGUAGCUGCUCAGCAGGGGUUUGACUUGGACCUGGGCUACAGGUUGCUUGCAGUGUGUGCUGCCAACCGGGACAAAUUCACUCCUAAGUCUGCUGAAACCAGCACCUGCAGGAGAUGUCAGAGUGACUCAGCCCUGCUGUCAUCGUGGUGCGAGGAGCUGGGCCGUCUCCUCCUGCUGCGUCACCAGAAGAACAGACAGAACGAGCCGCAGGGAAAAGUUCCCAUGCAGCCCAGCAUGAACAGCAUGAAGCCUGGCCUCACACACAGUGAUGGAUCCUUUCCUUAUGACUCAGUCCCUUGGCAGCAAAACACAAACCAGCCCCCUGGGUCAUUAUCUGUGGUUACAACAGUGUGGGGAGUGACCAAUACGUCUCAGAGUCAAGUGCUGUGUAAUCCCAUGGCAAACAGUAAUAACCACAUGAAUCCAGGGGGCAACCCAAUGGGAUCGGGCAUGUCUGCCAGUGCGGCAGGUCUUAAUUCACCCCAGUUCAGCGCUCAGCAGCAACAAUUUCCAAACAAAGGAGGUUCCAACCAGUCGUACAUGCAGCAAGGCAUGUACGGCAGGCCUGGCUACCCUAGUGGUCCUGGGGGAUACAGUGGGAGUUACACUGGAGGCCCAAAUGCUCCACCAGGAGGAAUGGGAAUGACCACACACACACGUCCUCCUAGUGACUUCACUCCACCAGCUGCUGCUGCUGCAGCUGCGGCUGUUGCCGCGGCUGCUGCCACGGCAACAGCCACAGCAACGGCCACAGUAGCAGCUCUUCAGGAAACGCAGAAUAAAGAUAUGAACCAAUAUGGACAGAUGUGUCCAUCAUUCCAAAUGGGCCCCGCUCCAGCCUACAAUAGCCAGUUCAUGAAUCAAUCAGGCCCACGAGGCCCCCCUGGAGGUAUGAAUCCAGCCAGCAUGGGAUCUGCCAUGAACAACCCCAAUAUGAGUGGACCUCCAAUGGGCAUGAAUCCGGCUCGAACUCCUGGAAUGACACCUUUUGGAUCUCACGGUCAAAGGAUGCCUCAGCAGGGGUAUCCUGGAGGGCCUCGACAGGGCAUACCCAUGCAGGGGAUGAAAAGGCCAUAUCCUGGGGAGGGAGGUUAUGGGGGUCAGCAGUAUGGGCCAAACAGCCAGUUCCAGCCACAGCAGGGGCAGUAUCCAGCGUCAAACACAUCCAGGCCACUGCCUUCGCCUAACUACCCCAACCACAGGAUGCCAGGGCAGCAGGGCCAAGGGCAGUACCCAUCUGGGAUGCCCAUGGGCCAGUACUACAAGCAAGAGCCUUUCAAUGGUCAGAACGCCAACUUCUCUGGAGGUGGAUACUCCUACAGCCAAGGCAAUGGGCCUCCCAGGCCUGGUAACUACCCCCAUUCCCCAGUCCCUGGAAACCCUACACCUCCCAUGACCCCAGGAAGUAGUAUUCCUCCGUAUCUUUCACCAAAUCAGGAUGUAAAGCCCCCAUUUCCACCAGACAUGAAACCAAAUAUGACAGCACUUCCACCCCCUCCAACUAACCCCAAUGAGGAGUUGCGGCUGACGUUCCCAGUAAGGGAUGGAGUUGUGUUGGAACCGUUCCGCCUGGAGCACAACCUGGCCGUGAGUAACCACGUCUUCCACCUGCGACCGUCCGUCCACCAGACCCUCAUGUGGAGGUCAGACCUUGAGUUGCAGUUUAAGUGCUACCACCAUGAAGACAGGCAGAUGAACACCAACUGGCCUGCCUCCGUCCAGGUCAGCGUCAACGCCACGCCGCUCACCAUCGAGAGGGGUGACAACAAAACUUCCCACAAACCCCUGCACUUGAAACAUGUGUGCCAACCAGGAAGAAAUACAAUCCAAAUCACAGUCACUGCUUGUUGUUGUUCCCACCUGUUUGUGCUUCAGCUGGUCCACAGGCCAUCUGUGCGCUCCGUCCUCCAGGGGCUCCUGAAGAAGAGGCUCCUUCCUGCAGAACACUGCAUCACCAAGAUUAAGAGGAACUUCAGCAGCGUGGCGGCGUCAGCAGGCAACACCACUCUGAACGGGGAGGACGGUGUGGAGCAGACCGCCAUUAAAGUGUCCCUGAAAUGUCCCAUUACCUUCCGACGCAUUCAGCUUCCAGCACGAGGGCAUGACUGCAAACAUGUGCAGUGCUUUGAUCUGGAGUCCUACUUGCAGCUUAACUGUGAGAGAGGGACAUGGAGGUGUCCUGUGUGCAAUAAAACCGCAUUAUUAGAAGGUCUGGAGGUGGAUCAGUACAUGUGGGGAAUCCUCAACGCCAUCCAGAAUUCAGAGUUUGAAGAGGUCACUAUAGACCCUACAUGUAGCUGGCGACCUGUCCCCAUUAAGUCUGAGCUACACAUCAAAGAGGACCCUGACGGACCACUGGCCAAGCGCUUUAAGACCAUGAGCCCAAGUCAGAUGACCAUGCCUAAUGUGAUGGAGAUGAUCGCUCAGUUAGGCCCUGGUCCUGGACCUGGACUUGGCCCCGGACCAGGUCCAAGCCCCUACCCGCCUCACCCCGGUCAACAUGCUGGUGGCAUUGGAGGAGAUUUUCCGGGAGCAGGCAACAGUUACCACAGCCAAGGGAGCUUUGACUUCCCUCACGGGAACCCCUCUAGUGGUGGAGUUGGAGGAGGAGGUGGAGGAGGUCCUCCUAUGAAUGACUUCAUCCAUGGCCCCCAGCUUUCCCAUCCCCCAGAUGGACCUGGUGGUCUCUUGCCACAGGAUAAACCCCUUAGCCACAGCAUGAAUGAUGCAAUGUCCCAUUCAGAUCAGUCCCAUAACUCCAUGCAGCAGAGCUUGCAUGCGUCUCCCCACCCUGGCAGUCAAACAGGCCCGCCCUUACAUCACAGUGGCCAGUCAGGUCAGCCCUUGCAUCACAGUGGCCAGUCAUCGCAGCCGCCUCGCCAGUCGCAGCCACAGCCUCAGCCUCAGCAUCCUGGGCAGAACAGUCACCCCCACAACGAUCUGAACUUUAACCCCUCCUCAGAUGGGCAGAUGGGUCAGGGAGCCCAGGAUAUGCCUGAACCCUCCCUGGAUCUGCUUCCAGAGCUGGCCAAUCCAGAAGAGUUACUCUCAUACCUGGACCCUCCCGACCUCCCAGCAAACAGCAACGACGACCUUCUCUCCCUUUUUGAAAACAACUAGUCCCACCUCCCUGACAGAAACCCUCCUGCACCUGAAGGAAUCAUGAUGCGCUUGAUUGUCCGUCCAGACAACCUCCAGUCAACACUUCAAGCAGCUUCCUAUGCUCUUGCACGCACAUGAACUGUUUCUCAAUAGAUGAUGUGUGGCGUAAGAGCACAGCUGUGUGGGAACUUAAGAAGGAAGCAGGACCGUCACUCAUUCCUGCACUCCUAUUUUUCCCCCAUAUAAAGAUUCCACGCACCAGUUCCACCACCUCGGGCUCAAAACGCACCACUUACAGCCAUGCUGGUGGGCACCAAAGUAUAUAUCAUAUACACAUAUAUGUGUAUAUAAACAUAUAUGGUAUUUGUGACUUUCUAACUGAAAACUGUGCAGCUAUAAUCAUUACAUGUAACAACACAGAGGAGGCCAGAGCCUUUGUGAGCUCUAGAAAAAGUGUUGUAGCUUUGUUUUCUAUAUAUAUUUUUUUUCUGUUUGAAAAGAGACAAGUGGGAGGGAAAACCAUUUUGUUCUAAGAGUGUUUUUACCCCUAUUUGAAAUAUGUUCUUCCAAAUAUUUGGCGCAUGCCAUUCCCUUUGGCUCCCCAGACUUACCAGUAUGUGUGUGCCAGCUGAAUAACUGGAGCUCAUCAGAACCAGAGCACUGAAAGGACACAGUGCAGCGUCCUUGAGUGUCAACAGAGGAAAUGAGUGCACUUUGUGCAAUGUAGUGUGGGAGUUUGUGAGUGUGUGUCUGUUUACACGUCCUCUUUUGUUUGCCUGCGAGCAUGUGUGCGAAAGACAGCAUGGAGAGAAAGUUUGAAACGGAGGAGGGAGGAAAAAUGGCCAGUGGAAAGUGGAGGAAACAAUCGAUCACUCGGAGCGGGCUCAGCUCUUCUUCUCCAUCUCAUGUUCUAAUGCUUUACUCCUCCUCAUCCAAUCACAAGUGCAUGUGUGCCAAUGGCUUCUGUUGUCUUCAUCCAGCCUAAAUGUUCUCGAUCAAUUAAUUUUAUCUCUUGUCUUCAUAUUUAUUAUUUCAUUUUCAUGUGUAUGAUUUUAUUUUUUUAAAUUGUUGUCAUUGUUUUUAUUUUAUCUUUGUCUCACAUUAAAAUCAAUCAGAUACACAUCACAACACUUCUAUGCGUUUUGGUCAGGGUUGGAUCUGUCGUCUAUCUUUAUGUACAUGUAUCCAACAGAAGUUUUUAAAUCACUGUAUUUUCUAAAAGAAAAAAACACAUCUGUGUGAGUGUAUAGACCUUCUUUUUGUCACGCUGUCACUUUCGAAUUGCAUCCUUUUGGGGAAAGUCAUCGUGCAUGAUCCAGCAGUUUUCCCAGAGCUGUUGUGUGUAUAUACCCUUUGUGAAUACAUUGUGACUGUACAGUACUGUACCUAUUACCGGCAAAUACAUGGUACUGUGUGUCUGUCAAAGACUAAACACACUCACACACUCACAAACACAUAGAAGCCCUGAUAGCCAGUCUAAUAUUGUAAAACAGUGGUUCCCAACCUAUUUUCUUUGGGGACCCACUACAUGCAAAUACUAAAAAGCUGUGCACCCCCCUGCUCCCCUGUGCUGAAACCAUAUUUGGUUUAAUCCUUUCAAAAGUGAGAUU